CUGAACAGAUGGCGUCCACGAGAGCACACGCAUCUUUCCCCGUUGGCUUCGUGCCAUUAAAAACCACCUUGCUUGGCGUAGAUUAUUCAUUUAAACCGAGCUGUCGGGCGUGUCAACUGUCAUAAUCACCUGAUUCUAUGAUGGCAGAUGCAAUAAACAGCAUGAGAGCAACCUUCUUGUUUUCGGCGUUGAUUUUUGCUGUAGGGUUUUGCAAUGGCCAAUUUAACGAUGCCCAGAAGAAGGAAAUGCUGGACAAACACAAUGAGGGGAGGAGACAGCAGUAUGCUAGUGACAUGAACGAACUGUCCUGGGAUGAAGCACUUGAAACUGAAGGCCAGAGAUUGGCGAACACCUGCAACUAUGAGCUGGGGCCAGAGCCAGUCGAAGGCAUCACCAAUGUGGGGCAGCUAAAAUACUGGGAAACUGGAGCCAGCAACCCAGUCAAAGCAUUUGACGCUUGGUAUGGUCAACACCAGUCAUAUGACACGGCGACGCACUCAUGCAGGCCUGGUGCAAGCUGCGGUAGCUUCAGAAUGGUUGUGAAGAAUGACCUAACAAAACUAGGCUGCGGUGUAAAGGUUUGCAACAGUUUCAUGUCGUCACAUGGAAAUAAUGCUGAGAAGGUUACACACCUGUACGUCGUAUGCCUCUAUGAUAACGCUCCUUGGACCGGUCCGGUCUUCACCGCUGGAAAACCUUGUACGAGAUGUCCAUCGGGGAAACAUUGGUGCAGCAACAACUUGUGCCAACCCUCAUGCACUACUGCAAGUGAUAAAUGCCAAUGUUAUGCGAAGUACGCAGAGACUUGUCUGAACUGCGGCACCUCAAAUGAGGACGACUGCACUUGUAAGUGUGCGGAUGGUUUUCAUGGGGCCCACUGCACUGACAAGUGUAAAGAUCUACCUGUGGGGUCGAACUUCUAUACAUCAUGCUCUGCAGAUGUCAAAGAUGACCCCGAAUAUUUCUGCACAGAUCUAGGAGCGGCAUGUUGCCGCUACAUCAGAGACAGGACGUGCAAGGCGACGUGCUCACCCUUCACGAAGUUGUGCACUCCGCUGACGGCAGAUUUGGAAAAGGCGGCGACUACAGGUUGCACUCAAAACAAACCAGUGGCGCCGGCAGGUCGCUAGGUCAGCGGAAUUAAGUUUCCGACUUUCAAAGCGCUGUAACAUCAAAAAUAUAUUCGGAAUACAAAUUCCAUUAUCACCCAU